CCCAUCCAAUGAUCGAUCUUAUUCAUUAUCGUUUUCGUCAAUCUACCACUCUCCAGAGAUUUUUAAAGCGAGCUACGCCGAAAUGGAGAAAAGAUUUAGGGUUUACAUAUACCCUGACGGGGAUCCGAAGACCUAUUACCAGACGCCGAGGAAGCUCACGGGGAAGUACGCGAGUGAAGGUUAUUUCUUUCAGAAUAUACGGGAGAGUAGGUUUCAUACUGAGGAUCCUGAUCAAGCAAAUAUUUUCUUCAUCCCCAUCUCCUGUCACAAGAUGAGGGGAAAGGGCAUAUCAUAUGAAAAUAUGACUAUUUUAGUUAAGAAUUAUGUUGAAGGGUUGAUGAGGAAAUACCCUUUUUGGAAUAGGACCUUAGGUGCUGAUCAUUUUCUUGUUACUUGCCAUGAUGUUGGUGUUAGAGCGUUUGAAGGACUUCCCUCUCUCAUAAAAAAUUCCAUUAGAGUUGUUUGUUCUCCUAGUUAUAAUGUUGGAUAUAUACCGCACAAGGAUGUUGCGCUUCCUCAAGUGCUACAGCCAUUUGCCUUGCCAGCUGGAGGAAAUGAUGUUGCAAACAGGAAAAUCCUUGGAUUUUGGGCUGGCCAUCGAAAUUCCAAGAUAAGAGUUAUCCUUGCACGUGUAUGGGAAAAUGACACCGAACUUGCCAUCAGUAAUAACCGUAUAAGCAGAGCUAUUGGAGAGUUGGUUUAUCAAAAACAGUUCUACAGGUCUAAGUUCUGCAUAUGUCCUGGUGGUUCUCAGGUUAAUAGUGCUCGGAUAACUGACUCCAUUCACUAUGGUUGUGUUCCAGUUAUUCUUUCUGAUUAUUAUGACCUCCCCUUCAAUGAUAUACUCGACUGGCAGAAGUUCUCCCUUAUUGUUAAAGAGAAGGAUGUUUACCAACUGAAGUCUAUACUCAAGUCUGUAUCUGAUGAGGAAUUUAUCGCAUUGCACAAAGGAUUAGUUGAGGUCCAGAAACAUUUCGUGUGGCAUUCUCCUCCUGUUCCAUUUGAUGCAUUCCACAUGGUAAUGUAUGAGCUAUGGUUGCGGCAUCAUGUGAUCAAAUACUAAUUUUAUAAGGAAAAUGGUUCCCAGGCCGAAGAAAUGUCACCGAUUUUAGGUGUUUGCAGGCAUCUUAUGGCAGAGGUGGAUAGAAUGUAGAGAGCUAGUUAGAUGCCCAGUUUUGGUGAUGUGGUAUCAUAUGUAAUGUGUCAGUGGAUCAGAUUCUUUUAUUUCUUGUAUAUGUUAAUUCCUUUUAAUUUGCGGUUUUCUUAU